AUGUCUACGGUUAACAUGGUUAAGUACUAUUUCUACAAGGGCAUGGUCCCAAAAGACCAGGAUAGAUUACGCAAGCUGGUUGCCUUAGCAUAUCAGACAGCAAGAGACCGCAAGCUCUAUCCGAAAGCAGUUCUCAUCAGAUCUGAAAUCCACGAUACAACCAGCAUCAAUGGCAUACACCAAAAGGACCCAUUGGGGCCACACGUCACUCUCUGUUACAAAGACGAGAACCAGCUUCUUCAAGAUACGCAUGUUGCCAGUCAUGGUUAUGUAACUGGAAAAGACAAUCUUGAGUUUGUUCGUGCAACACACGCUGGAGAGAAGCCGGACUCUACAAAGAGGCAGAAAGGGAAGAAAACCGUGUGGCCGUCGGAGAGUGAGCUCGAGGCCAUACCAGAGAUCGGCUACGGUCAUUUCCUAUGA